UGCCGAAACAAAGGUCAACUUCCAACGCAUUUCUUGUGAACUCCGCCCACGGCAGAAACACACCUGGCCGCGGGCUCGCAGCGAGCUCAGGUGAGGCAUUCAGAGCGCGUGAGGCGAGGUAGCGGCGCGUCAUGGCGGAGUCGCAGCUCUUGUGUAUGGAGGACGGGCUCAUGCCCCCCGCGGUGCCCGAGUCCCGGCCGCAGUUCUACUACAGCGAGCAGCACCGGGUGGCCCUCGAGCGCCUGAUCACCGACGGAGACGGAGCCUUCAAGAGCCUCCUGAAGGACGAGAACAGCCAAGACUUCCUGUCGGCGCGGGAAAUCAAGACCAUCACCAGCAGCUUCGUUAAAUACAAGUCCGAGGAAGACAACGGAGGAGCGUCAGCGGGUCAAGACAAACGAGGCGACGCCGGGUCACUGCGCUCCACGUACUGGCCGCAGAUGUCGGACACCGAGGUCCCGCCGCUGGACAUCGGCUGGCCCUCAUCGGGGCUCUUUAAAGGGGUCACCCGGGUGGCUGUGCACACACACCCGCCCAAAGAGAACAGCCCGCACAUCAAACUAAUACACCAGCAAACCAAUACAAGAGUCGUGGCUAUCGUGAUGGACCUGCUGACCGAUCUGCAGAUUCUGCGGGAUCUGUUCGAGGUGUCCAAGCGCGGUGUGCCCGUCUACAUUGUGCUGGACGAGCAGGGAGCGCCGCACUUUCUGGACAUGUGCAGCCGGCUGAAGGUCGGAGAAAGAGAGCUGAAGAAUGUCCGGACUCGGACCGUAAAGGGAAUCGGGUUGAAUCUGUCCGUGGGGAGAAUCCCGGGAAACGUCCACAGCAAGUACAUGCUCAUCGAUGGAGAUAAAGUCAUGUUUGGAACGUACAGUUUCUCCUGGAGCUCUUCUCGAAUGGACAGAAACAUGAUCACGGUGAUGUCAGGGCAGGUGGUGGAUUUCUACGAUAACGAUUUCCGAGAACUUUACGCCAUCUCAGACAAACUGGACCUCUUUAAGGAGUUUAACAUCACUAAGCCCCAAACAGGAACGGUGUCGCGGGCCGCGGUGCCCAAACGCCCCGAAGCGGCCACUUCACGCUUCCAGGUCAACCUCGGAGAUGUGAAAGUGCCUGCACACAAGUACCACAAUCCCAAAUACCUGCUAGCGCUCGGACAGAUCCCGGGACGCACGGAGCCGCUACAGGACUUCCUCAAUAAGAUGGAGCCGCCCGAUCCGGGUCAGCAGGACCUGGAGAAUCCCACAGAAGAGCUGGAGAACAUCACACCCGCUGCCUCUCCGCCCGAGAAGAAAGAGUCCAAGAAGCUCAAAAUACUGACAUUAAGCACAAAGAAAGGGAAGAAAGGGAAGAAGGACGAGAAGAGUGAUGAGGUUAUUGAAGAAAACACUGCAAACCCUUCAGACGAGGCGUCUAAACACACGCUCACCAGAGACGAGACGCAGGACAGCCUCAAGAAGAAGAAGAAGAGCAGAUUCAUGAGCUUUUUCAGAAGAAGCUGAAUGAGGGUUGUUUUAAUUAUACCCGCUGUUUUUAACUCCUGAAGACUGUUAACCCUCAUGUUUACAGAACCGGUGACUCCUGGUGUGUUUGUGCUGUGAAACGCUUCUCAGCUCUGUGUUCAAAUGUUUGAUUGUGAUAGUAAAACCUUCUAAUGAUGUACAAUUCUUGAUAAGGAAACCAAGUAUUGUCUAAAUUACAUUAAAGGGGAAGUUUAGGGGUAAAACUGUGUUUCAGAUAUCUAUCAUUCUGGAAACCUGUGAAAAAGCGGGAAAUGGUGCAUAAAGAGAGGAUGGUUGCACUUUUAUUUUACAGUACAUGUACUGACAGUGUUCAUACAUUAGAAUGUAAUGUAAGGUAUGCGGUAUGGUUAGGUUUAGGGGUAGGUCCAGGGUCAUUACCUAGUUAUUGUAAUUACUUAGUAUGUACAUGUGGAAGAGAACUGUACGAUAAAGUGCUACCAAGACUAGGUUUAUUUGUGUACUACUUCUCACAGUUUUUCCCAGCUAACAGAAAAAUUUCUUUCAAGAUUCUUUCAAAGUUAUGAACAAACGUUCUUCCAGCUCAUGUUUGUUCAAAGUUAAUAUCUCCUCUUUGAUAAUGUUUUCAAAAUGUUAGUUAUUGUGUAUAUGUCAUCUGUAGAAUGUCGGUGAAACAUUUUAGUUGGACGUCUGUGCUACACACAUUUUUCAAAUGUUGCAACUUGUUCAGAGAACAUUUAAAGUAACGUUCCCAUAAUGUUUGCAAAAUGAUUUCACGUUAAUAAACUGGAGGCUUUGAACUUUC